UCCCAAAUGGACCCAGGGAAGGAAGAGGAGAAGGUGCCGCAGCCCCUAGGGCUGCACCAAAAGAAGAAAUUCGUUAUACCACUGGACGAGGAUGAGGUCCCCCCUGCAGGGGCCAAGCCCUUGUUCAGAUCUACACGGAGCCUUACCACUGUGGAGACCUCAGCCCAAGUGGGCCCUCAGACCUAUGCUGAAUAUGCCAUCUCAGAGCCUCCAGAAGGGACUGCAGCUAAGUGCCCCAAAGGGCCAGACCCCCCAGCAGGAGAGACCCCCAACCAGGCCCCCAAACCAGGACCAAAAUCCAACAGCAUCAUUGUAAGCCCUCGACAGAGGGGCAAUCCUGUGCUGAAGUUUGUGCGCAAUGUACCCUGGGAAUUUGGCGAUGUGGUCCCGGACUAUGUGCUGGGUCAGAGCACCUGUGCUCUCUUCCUCAGCCUCCGCUACCACAACCUCCACCCGGACUACAUCCACGAGCGGCUGCAGAACCUGGGGAAGAACUUCGCCCUGCGGGUCCUGCUCGUCCAGGUGGACGUGAAAGAUCCUCAGCAGGCCCUCAAGGAGCUGGCGAAGGUGUGCAUCCUGGCUGACUGCACCCUGGUCCUCUCCUGGAGCCCUGAGGAGGCUGGGCGGUACCUGGAGACUUACAAGGCCUACGAACAGAAGCCGGCGGACCUGCUGAUGGAGAAACUAGAACAGGAUUUCGUCUCCCGGGUGACUGAAUGUCUGACCACCGUGAAGUCAGUCAACAAAACAGACAGUCAGACCCUCCUGGCCACAUUCGGGUCUCUGGACCAGCUCAUGGCUGCCUCAAGGGAAGAUCUGGCUCUGUGCCCAGGCCUGGGGCCCCAGAAGGCAAGGAGGCUGUUUGAUGUCUUGCACGAGCCCUUCUUAAAAGUGCCCCGAUGACCCCAGGUG